AUGCCGUCUAUUUCAGCAUCCACGGCAGCUACGACAGCGUCGGCGGCCGCCAAAGCUGCAGCAAGUUCCAGGCAGCAGAUUGCGCCGCGGUCGAUCUCCAUCCUUGUCUCUCCGCCUCCCGUCAACUUUGCAGAACGGCGCUCCAUCCUUCAGGUCUUGGAGCAGCAUGGCCAGGUCGAGUUCUUCAAAUCGGUGCCAGGCCACGACUCCAUGUUCAUCUCGUUGAUGAAGGAUAAAGAAGCCGCCAGCCGAUUAAUCACCACCAGCCCACUCAGCUAUGCCGUAUCAGCGCCCCGGAAAUCUCCCGAGUCCGUCCUCUCCGACUUAUAUGCCGGCAAAACCCUCAUCAAGUCGAAACCCGUGACGACGCUCAAGAAGGAAGGCACUUCGUCCUUGUCAACCUCGUCAUCCUCCAAUCCCGACGCGGGAACCGGGGAAGAUGCGCCACAGAAGGAAUUCAAGAUCCAAGUCUGGCCGCAUCCGACGUACAGACAUCACAUCAGCUCGCGUUCAGUCUUGCAUAGGUCAUGGCCUGAUUUUAUCGGCAAGAACGAAUCCUUCAUUACAAAUGCCUUGAAGCAAUCCCUCCCCAAUACCAUGGCUGCGAAGGGCCUCGCCAAUUGGGAGCCGGACCUGGGCAAGCAGCAAACAGCCGCAGUACCCAAGUCUAAGAUGCACGAGCGAGUGCAAAUGUUGUCUUGGCUUCCUGGAAAGCUACAGACGCGAGGUGUACGCCGGCAGCAGUAUGCUUCGUCUGCAACGGAUGCCGAGCCGGACGAGGCAGUGUCAUCGACAAGGGAUGCUACACCAGCUGAACCAGCUGCACGCCGUCCAUUCACAACGCUGUCUGGCUAA